AUGUGCCCCGGUGCAGACCACGAGCCCAAUGGGCAGGCCAACGCUGCCAAUGGCCGCAACGGUGAACACCCCGGCUUCACUGCCGUCGAGACUCGCCAGAACCCCCACCCCUCCGUCUCUCGGAACCCCUAUGGCCACAACGUCGGUGUCACCGACUUCCUGAGCAACGUCUCUCGCUUCCAGAUCAUCGAGAGUACCCUGCGUGAGGGUGAGCAGUUCGCCAACGCUUUCUUCGACACCGAGAAGAAGAUUGAAAUCGCCAAGGCCCUCGAUGAGUUCGGUGUUGACUACAUUGAGCUCACCAGCCCUUGCGCUUCCGAGCAGUCGAGAAAGGACUGUGAGGCCAUUUGCAAGCUUGGCCUGAAGGCUAAGAUCCUGACCCACAUCCGUUGCCACAUGGACGAUGCUCGCAUUGCCGUCGAGACCGGUGUCGAUGGAGUUGAUGUUGUUAUUGGAACCUCCUCUUACCUCCGUGAGCACUCCCACGGCAAGGACAUGACCUACAUCAAGAACACCGCCAUCGAAGUCAUCGAAUUCGUCAAGUCCAAGGGUAUUGAGAUCCGUUUCUCCAGUGAGGACUCUUUCCGCUCUGACCUCGUCGAUCUCCUGUCCAUCUACUCGGCCGUCGACAAGGUCGGUGUCAACCGUGUCGGUAUCGCCGAUACCGUCGGCUGCGCUUCCCCCCGUCAGGUCUACGAGCUUGUCCGUGUCCUGAGAGGUGUUGUCAGCUGUGACAUCGAAACCCACUUCCACAACGACACUGGUUGUGCUAUUGCCAACGCUUACUGUGCCCUGGAGGCUGGUGCCACUCACAUCGAUACCUCCGUCCUUGGUAUCGGUGAGCGUAACGGUAUCACUCCCCUCGGUGGUCUCAUGGCCCGCAUGAUGGUUGCCGACCCCGAGUACGUCAAGGGCAAGUACAGGCUGGAGAAGCUCAAGGAUAUCGAGGACCUUGUUGCCGAGGCCGUUGAGGUCAACAUCCCCUUCAACAACUACAUCACCGGUUUCUGCGCUUUCACCCACAAGGCCGGUAUCCACGCCAAGGCCAUCCUCAACAACCCCAGCACCUACGAGAUCAUCAACCCUGCUGACUUCGGCAUGUCUCGUUAUGUCCACUUCGCUUCUCGUCUGACCGGCUGGAACGCCAUCAAGUCGCGUGCCCAGCAGCUCAAGAUCGAGAUGACCGAUGACCAGUACAAGGAGUGCACGGCCAAGAUCAAGGCUCUGGCCGAUAUCCGCCCCAUUGCUGUCGAUGAUGCCGACAGUAUCAUCCGUGCCUACUACCGCAACCUCAAGCUGGGCGAGAACAAGCCCCUCCUGGACCUCACGGCCGACGAGCAGGCUCAGUUCGCUGCCAAGGAGAAGGAGCUUGCCGCUCAGGCUUCUGCCUAA